AGAGGGAAGAAAGGAAGGAAAGGUAAAAGCAAGCGAGCGAACGAGGCCAAACGCCCUUGGGGAUUGACGAUUGAUUGCGAUUUGCGAUUUGCGAUUGAAGCAUGAGCGGCGGCGGGAGAGGCAGAGGCACAACAGCACCAACGACGAGCGGGAGCAUGACGACGACCAUCACCCUUGAGAACGCGGGCUCAUCGUCGUCGCAAUCGGAAGCAGUGGUGCUGAAGCUGAAUCGGAAGAAGAAGAAGCAGGUGUCGUGGAAGGAAGGGACGGUGGACAACGAGUUCAUGCAGAAGAAGAGCUCCAAAAAGUGCUGCAUCUUCCACAAGCAGAAGCCCUUCGACGAGGACGACAGCGACGAUGAGGAACACCAUCACCACCACGAUCACGAUCACAAUCACCACCACCACCCCUCACCUUCUUCUUCAGGCAUUAACAGCAACUCCGUCUGAUCAAUAGUCAAUCUAUCUAGUAUUGGAAUCUGAAAGAGUGGAUUGAUUGGAUAGGAUGGAUUUGAUUCAUAGUAUUGUGGAUCUGUGAUGGUGUUUGUGUACUGCGCUUAGGUGUUUGUUAGGAGGAGGGACGAAUGAAUUAGGUUUAGGUUUUGUGAGUGAUAAAACAAAGAAUUGUAAUGCCCCAAAAUACAUGUUGUUUGGGUUACGUCAUUGAGAAUUGAGAAUUGAUAUAUGAUUGAUAUAUAUGAUGCUGAUGAAUUCCAGUGAUGUUUUUUAA